GGAGGUUACGAGGAGCCCGAAAGGCACCAGCAGCAGGGUUCAAACCAGAUGGAGGCUGGGCAAAAGGCUGGUCUUCUGCUGCUGCUGCCGAGCUACUGCUGCUUAACAACACAGGGACGAUAACAGAGAGGGGCUGUGGACAUCAUUAACUACAACGCUGCUCACUGCUAGAGAAGUAGAUAACGGUACCCGUAAGGUAAAGUCUGUCAUGAGUUAAAGCGUAAUUUCGCCAACGGCGCAGACGCAUAACGUUAUCCAAAUGAAGUUUGACAGGCUAACGUUAACAUCAGGUUUAACGAUCUUCAAGCGGCUAGCUCCAGUGUUGGCUACAAGUGCUGCCACUAGCAGCUAGGUUAAGUCAAUGGCAGCUGGCGAGAGCCGCUAGCCUUUUGAAGUUGCUUACUGAAUCAUUGUGGCCAGCUGGCAAACAGCAUUAGCUAACAGCGUUAACGUUACUUCUUUAGCUGGAGCUGCCAACUGGUAACUUAACUAACUGUUAGCUAUAACCGAGAAGGCGAGUAACGUUAACGUUAUAUCUCCACAUCUGCUCGCUCACUCUGUGUCGGAAAUUACCUGAUAGAAGCAAAUGGCUUUUAAUGUUUAAUUAGCAAUUUAAGCUAGCAAUGCGUACUACAUUAUUUCAGAAUAACGUUAGCUUGCCGGUGUCGGAUUAUUGCACUCCGUGGUACUAUUACUGUGCCCUGACCAGCAGCGUCACUCAUAGCAUUUUGCAUAAUGAGUGAUCAUUAUGUAAAAAAUGUCGAGCAAAUGAGAUCAUUCGGCGAGGAUGCUGAAAAGGAGGGCGUGGACAUUGAGGAGCAGGUGCCAGUGUCUUCUCCCCCAGCCUCCGUCUCCCCGGACCCUUCCAGCAUCACCAUAGCUGGCAGAGAUGCAUCCAACACCUCCAUCACUUGUAAACAUAGAGGUAAAAGUCGUAGUAAGCAGGGAAAAGACGACAAGAACUCUUGUGGCAAACGGAUCUCAGACCUGUCACUGCAGGGGUGUGUAGUUUCUGCUCCUGUUGGGAAAAACUUGAAUAGACCAGGGCAUGAGCGGACACUUCACAUCCAAGGAACUGGAAAGAUCCUGCAGGGCAAGUCGGAGACUAAUGGGAACUAUGUAACCAUUCAUCCGUCCAAAAACAUUCAAGAAGCACACCGUGAGGAUGGAUUCAAACUUGCAAAGAAGAGAAGACCAGUGACGGUGGACACUGCCAAAGCCAAAACCUCGUUGGAGGCACUGAAGUUAAGCAUCAAGCAGCUGAAGUGGAAAGAGUUUCCUCUAGGAAGACGAGCAGCCUGUGACAUCUACUGGCAUGGCGUUUCCUUCCAUGACAAUGAAAAUAUCAUCUCAGGGCAGGUGAACAAGUUCCCAGGAAUGAUUGAAAUGCUGAGGAAGAUCAACCUGAGUCGGGCAGUGCGGACUAUGCAGGAGUUGUUCCCAGAAGAGUAUGACUUCUAUCCCCGUUCCUGGAUCUUACCUGAGGAGUACCAACAGUUUUCCACACAGAUUCGCAUGGUGAAGGAGAACGAUGCCACAGUGAGUCCCACCUUCAUUGUCAAGCCAGAUGGGGGCUCUCAGGGGGACGGCAUCUACCUCGUCCGUGACCCUAGUGACCUAAAGCUCAUGUCGGGUUCACUGGCCAAACAGGCUGUAGUCCAGGAGUACAUCCAGAAGCCGUUACUCAUUGACAAGCUCAAGUUUGAUAUCCGCCUCUACGUGCUGAUAAAGUCCCUGGAGCCAUUGGAGAUCUACAUCGCCAAGGAAGGCCUGACGCGUUUUUGCACCGAGCCCUACCAGGAACCAAGCCAGAAGAAUCUGACCCAUGUGUUCAUGCACCUGACCAACUACUCCCUCAACGUCCACAGCGGCAACUUUGUCCACUCAGACAGCCAGAGCACAGGCAGCAAGCGCACUCUCUCCAGCGUGCUGUACAGGCUGGCAGCUAAAGGCGUAGACAUCAAGAAGGUGUGGUCGGACAUCAUCGCUCUUGUCAUCAAGACCGUCAUUGCUGUGGUGCCUGAACUUAAAGUCUACUAUCAGGCAGAUAUACCGCCGGGUAAACCAGGACCCACUUGCUUCCAGAUAUUAGGUUUUGACAUCCUGCUAAUGAAGAACCUGAAGCCAGUAUUACUAGAGGUCAACUCCAACCCCAGUAUGAGAAUAGAACAUGAACAGGAGGUGGCACCAGGAGUUUUUGAAUAUGUCCCUAGUCCAGUCGACGAAGAGGUUAAAGUGAGUGUGAUCCGAGACACCCUGCGCCUUAUGGAUCCUGGCCACAAGAAACCUUCAAUUUCCCAACCAAGGGUUGGUGGGUUUGAACACGGAGAGGAGAUUCCCAUGGAAGCGGAAUCGCAAGAAAGGAGCCCCGAUGAAGGAGUUCUGCCCUCUCUGUGUCUGAAGCAGGUCUACCCAAAGUACACCAAACAGUUCAACUACCUGCGGCUGGUGGAGCGAAUUGCAACUCUCUUCAUACGUUUCCUCGGGGUCAAGGGCAACAUGCGUCUGGGCCCCACUGCCUUCCGAACCUUCAUCAGGACCUGCAAACUGAGCAACAGUAACUUCACCAUGGCUUCAGUGGACAUUCUCUACAUAGACAUCACACGUCGUUGGUCAGGAGCAAUACCCGAGUCUAAAGAAGCAGGUAUGGGACUACAAGCAUUUGUGGAAGCCUUUUUCUACCUGGCAGGUCGCAGGUUUAAGUCCCUGGUGAUGAGGGAGCAGGUAGCAUCACUGCUGGAGAUGUGCGAGGCUCAGCUCGAGUCCCAGCCAGGUGUCGAAGACAGACGCUCUGUGAGCUGCAGCAGGGCGCUGCCACGAGCCGUCAAGACUCAGACGCUGGGCCUCACCAACCCUCAUCUCAACUCUCCGGCUCCCCUGCGUAGGGCGGCCAGCCAGGACUACCGGCUGCAUCAAAGACUCAAGCCUCGUACACUCAGGGCCAACGUGGAGAACUGAUGGGGGGGCUUCAACUAGUUAUCCGACUCCCCAAACACUGCCUUUAGCCUUCUCCACAGGAGCAGGGAAAUUAGGUAUCCAUCUCUCCUCUGCGGCUACUGCAAAGGGGGCAUGAUGGGAGCUCAGAGAAGGACUAGAUUGACCCCUGCUGGCUGACUUGCAAGAGGACUGACUCAGCCUGAUUGCUUUUAUUUUUUUUCAGAGGAGAUGAAGAUGUCCGCGGGUAGGAGUGGAAAUAGAACGAGCGAUAUGAGAAGGUUGGUGCAUACCUUCCUCCCCUCCUGGCUCGAUCAUAUAUGGACAGUGUGGUCCUAUCAGGAGGAGGACAUGGCUGCUUUUAAUAUACUUACUGAUUCUACUGGGCAGCUAUUUGCUUCCCUUUACCUUUGUCUGGCAACACCUAAACCAACUUUCUUUUCAGGGAUUACAGUAGAUGCUCUAGCUUCACAUUCAAUGCAUUUAUACACAUAACAUAAAUACAUGGGUGUAAGGGAGUGUCCUCGGUUAUGUAUAUCAUAUUCUUGAAUUUGCACAACAACUCUUUGAUCAUUUGCACAGAAAUGGAUGUGGGGGGUGACUGAGCAUUUGUGUGGGAGCAUUGUGUAUGUUUGAGAGUGUGUGUGUGUGUGUGUGUGUGUGUGUGUGUGUGUGUGUAUUGUAUUUAUUUGUGUUUAGCUCAGUGGUGAUACCCUAUUUACAGGCAGUGGCCCAGCUGUGCAUCCUAGCUCUGUGAGCCCAUUAGCGAUGAGUUAAGUGAAUAAGUAUUCAAAGGGAAAAAGGCCACGCCACCACUUAUCCUAUUUCAGUUCAGCAGCUAUCCCAGUCAGGCAGCCUCAGACCUCCAGCAAACAUGGGUGAUUACUUUGUAGCCACACAACUGACAUUUGGGAAUGAAUUAUUUCAGAAAUAAUAUGCAUGACACAGAAUUUCAAAAUUUAGACACAUGCUUUGUUUCUUAAAUGUGUUCCAGGUGGCUUUUGUAAUAAAAACCAUAUCCAAUGUGUGCGAUGUGGCUUUCAGUUACACACAAAAUGACCGCCACUGUUGGAUGCCAACCAGAAUGGUCGUAGAGUGUGAUAUGUGAUAUGUGUCAUAUGAGAUUAUUCACACUACAGUUAAUUACUGAACAUUAACGUUUGAUUUGUAUGUUUUUUUUUCUUUUACACUAAGAAUAUUAAUUUGUCACAUGCAGACCAAGAAUUAAGUGUGAUGUGUUGCACAAAAGCACACUCAGACUUAUUAUUUACACACCUGCAUUGUGGGCAGCUGUUAAAUACAUACGGUGAACUGAACAUGUUAAAUUAUUUCUGCUAUACAUGUUGUAGGACUAAUAUAUUUACUGCAGUAUGUAUAAGAUGACAUGAAGUAGAUUUAUAAGGUUAUUAACAGCGAUCAAUCAUAUGAAUGAAAUGAAUUUGAGAGCAAUGCAAAAAAUAAACUUAAUUUUGCUCUAUGAA